AUUGCUGCAUUACCAAGCCUGGCCACUACCACUCUCUGCUGGUGCUGUUGAGCAGUGAAGAGCUGAUUCAUGAACAAGUGAGACAUCUGCUACCAGGGACCUUGAUCCAGGGAAAAGUUUAGCUAAUCCCUGGGUUAGGUACCUGAGUGGCUCUCCAGUCAACAGGUGAGACAGAUCACUUGCGACCCACGUUCAAGCCUUUAGAUUCUCACUGGAAGAGAGAGAAUGCCAUUCCUAAUCUGAAAUAAGCAUGCCGAGCACAAAUACAGUUAAAAGCAUUGACCUCAUUGCAAUUCUGUUCCCCUAGGCUUUGUACACCAACACAGCUGAGCUGACAGUACCAGGCACAGAUCAACAACAAAUGCAUCUGGGGAUCAACAUUACUUUUCUUAGGACUUGGCAAACAGCAAAUGAUUUAUGUCAUUCCAGAAGUUUCUCAAGUACCUUCUAAUAAACCUUCCAUUCGCCUGCCCCUUCACAAACUCAAAUGGCAAUUUCGAAAAUAUGUUCACCAGGUCAUACUUUUAUAUUCAUGUGCUCACGUUUCUUUUUGUCUAAUUUUGAAGACAGAUUGAUUGUGCUUGUGCAGAAAAUAAUUUACACCAAAAACUUGAUAUUCUCAUCCAUUUGCUGAGAAAAGGAAUAAUCCAAUGCUGGAAAUUUCCAAAGUCAAACUGAUUUUAUUUCCAUUGAAUAAAAUGGUUUCCGGAGACUGACAGUAGAGGGAAUAUUACAAAAACAGGUCUCCGUUUUAACUGGGGGCUAACUGGGUGGUAUCAGUUUAAAUGUCACCAUCUUCUGGAAGAUCGAGGCACAAGAUAUUUUAAUUCUUGCUUUUAUUAUCUACUGUCAGCAGGGAGAAGUCAACCUCCAAGGGUUAGAGAUUGCCUCAUCCAUUGAGGCAAUCUCCAGUUCCUCCUAACUUCAUAAAGGAACCAUUUAUUCAACUCUUUGGUCUCUACUAGUUCCGUUCUAGCACCUCACCCGCUGAAAGACGUCUGUGUCAGCUAUAAAGACAAUAACAGCCACUGUGACCACUCAAAGAUCAUGCUUCACCGGUGCACCGCUCUCCUCUUCGCCCUACAACUGAAGCCUUCCUUCCCCGAGAUACAUGACAACUUCUACCGCCACGGUGUUGCCUUCAACGCGUCCGACGCCAUCUGUAUUUCUGCAAGGGACAAGCCCGAUGUGAUCGACGCGUUCUAUAAUGCCUGGCUGGAGGUCUUCCCGGGCGUACAGACACUCUGUUUAUUCUGCACGUCGGAGCGUGACCCGCGGCCGACCUGCCUCCGACGUGCUGAGGCGAUGGACUUGGGGGGUUGCAUGUUCGGGACAAUGUGUCAUGCCGGAGGACCUCGCCUCUGCCCCGGCCUUUGAUGCCUUUACUGUACGGGAUUUGUCUGUUUGCGGGUAUUAUGAGCCCACCAAUGCCGCGGUAGUCUCUUUGUAUUUGUGCUUUCCACCCGCCCCAACCACACCACCCUCGACCACGACUCCCGAGAUAUUGCCGUGUCCCUCUCUGGGACCGGGGCCUGGUAUUGUGGGAUGAGGGAGAGGCCCUUUAUGACAACGUCCGACACGAGGUCGUGCCUGUGCUGGUCAAUAUAUCGGGCAUCCGGGUACCGGACUAUUGCACAGCACAGGUACGCAACCUAUACGCCAUGAUGGGGAAGGAGGUUAUAGAGAGGGCCAUAGACGCCAUGGGGGCAACCCACUACCGAAAUGACAUACAUAACACGCACACACAAUGACACAGACGGGACAUAGUCAACGAUGCUCUCAUAGGACUCAACACGGGGACAUCCGUAGUAAACUCCCUAGACAUCCAGGCCUUAACAAAAAGAUUGAGCAACUAAAAGGGGUAAUGAGGGACCUGCUACAAAGGUCUCUCACAAAUCAGGCAGACCAGGCACGCCUGGGAGAAGAGGGAGCAAACAUCCAGCUCGACGGCAUUGCAGUCCUGGAAACACACGCCCACACCAUUAACCGCCUUAUAGACCGGGAAAGAGAAAACACGGCCCAUAUCCACGAGGGACAGCUGUGCCAUGCGUAUGGCCUGUGGAUGGUAGCCCAGAUCUGGCAUAAUCUUGACCAGGUCCAAAGGGGGGAGGUGCCCGACUGGAUCGACAGCGCCAAACUGGCCUCACUCGCGGGGCGCUCCAGGCCGCUCGACAGCCGGACUCUGAAGGGUAUGAACAGAGUAUACCCAGUGGUUCCUGACUGUGAGGUCAGUGAGGUGACAGGAGUCGGGAUUGUCCUCCUGAUCCCCGUGGUCACCCCAGGGUCUGGGCCAUUUCCCCUCUUUCACAUUGAGAACAUCGGAGUCAUACGGGAAAACGCUUCCCUCAAAUAUCGAUUAGCUCACCACACAGCCAUAUCUCGAAACGGCGCUGUGUACGGGGUGCCGCUUACAGGCUGCAAGCGGUGGGGGACAAUUACCAUCUGCCCUCACCCCUUACGAAGGAGUGAAACAGCGGAAUGCGGGUUCAACCGGACACAGGGCUGCACCCUGGAAAUCGAACCCACGGGCCCCCACUUCACUAGGGUGGGGUAUGGUGGAAGGGGACAGUAUUGUGGUUCCACUCUUGAAACCGCAUUUUGGUAUAAUGGACUGCAGUGCCUGAUUCCCCAGCGCAAGUUCUGCUUCACCCCCAGGCACCCAGUCACGAUUGGGCAAGCUCACAUCUCAGAGGUCCGAUGACGGAACCCCGAGCCCAUACAAACUACCGACAAAUUCAGGGACACCCUCAGGGAAUAUCAGGAGCCCGAACAAGCCCCCAGCCCACAGUUGGCCGAGGUCUUACAGGAGCUUAGGACCCGGGUAGGACACUCAGUGAAACUGUACCACCAGUUGCAAUCACAUAUAAAGGACCUAGAGGAGGACACAGAGACAGCUCUGCAGUCCCAGGGCUGGUCACAGAGGGUGUGGGAUUGGGGCCUAAACGUAAACAUACAUCCCUGGAUCCGAAUCAUCUCGCACACCAUUGUAGGCACACAGUUACUGCUGGCUCUGGCCUGGCUCCUGGUCGCGUGUCACUCAUGCCGUCAGCACAAGA